GUAAUAAUAAUUAGUAUUAUUAUUUAUUGUUGUAUUUAUAAAAUUUUUUAUUACAAAAUGAAUUUAAUUUUAUGAAUGAAAUUAUAUUCCGACCAAAAUACGACACCUAAGGGUGCUAGGGCAGUGAACUCGUAUUCCAGAAGCACUAAAAAUAACUCUCAUUCAUUAAGUCUUUCUUCUCCCGUAAAACUCACGGCACGUGACAAGCAGUGACGGACCUCACGGUUGUCAAGUUCACGUGGGGUUGACGGACACGGGCAGGAACAGAGGAAAGGUCAAGACAGAAAUACGGACACACCGCACUGUCUUCCAUUCGUUCUAGACGUCACGAUGAAUCAAUGAUCAUUGCCCUGGGCGAAAUUUUUCUUAGGUGCGCUCGUCAAGCUUCUGCACUUGAUGGUGAUCAAUUCAUGAACAGUAGCGUUGACUAUUUAGAGCGCAUCUUAAUUAUAAAUAUCAGCUUUUCCCUGUCCCAAUUCCCUUCACAAUUACAAUUACAAUUACGUUCUCUUUUACACAUUAGUGUUAAGCAUCCAAUAGGCCAGAGAUCCUCCUCCCUCUGUUCGUCAGCCAUGUUUGACCUUCAGCUCUCAACCACCCUCCUCCUCUUUCUUCUACCUCUCAUUUCCUUCCUCUUCCUCAACCUCACUGCUUUUCUUAGAAAAAAUUCACCUUCUGUGCCCGGUAAGCUUCCCAGAUCUUACCCUUUGAUUGGUUCCUCUCUUGCACUCUCUGCCAACAAAGACAGGCGAAUCCAAUGGAUUGCGGAUAUCUUGAUGAACUCCCCCUCCUCAACCUUCCUCCUCCAACGCUCCCUCGGCCUUCGCAACAUCUUCACCGCAAACCCCUCCAAUGUCCAGCACAUCCUCAAGACCCAUUUCCAUCUCUACCAAAAAGGCGGCUUCUUCCGAGACACUCUGCAAGACUUUCUCGGCGACGGCAUCUUCAACGCCGACGGCGAGACCUGGAAGUUGCAAAGACAGGUUUCCAGCCAUGAAUUCAACACCAAGUCGUUGCGUAAUUUCAUCGAAAACGUGGUGGACGCUGAGCUCUCCGACCGCCUCCUCCCCAUCCUAUCCGCUGCGGCCAAGAACAAAACUGUCCUCGAUUUUCAAGAUAUCUUUCAAAGAUUUGCUUUCGACAAUGUUUGUAAGAUUGCGUUCGGAUAUGAUCCUGGGUACUUGUCUCCAUCUCUUUCCCAAGAAAAAUUUGCGCAGGCUUUCGAAGAUGCCACCCAAAUCAGCAGCGACAGAUUCAAUUCGAUCUUUCCACUUGUGUGGAAACUGAAGAAACUUUUCGAUAUCGGAUCCGAGAAGCAACUCCGAAUGGCAAUAAAUGAAGUGCGCGAAUUCGCAAAACAAGUCAUCGAAGAAAAGAAACAAGAGUUGAGAGAAAAGUCUUCUCUCGAAUCCGUCGAUCUUUUGUCUCGGUUUUUGAGUUCGGGACAUUCAGAUGAAAACUUUGUCACGGAGAUAGUCAUCAGCUUCACACUGGCGGGUCGGGACACGACCUCUUCGGUUCUAACGUGGUUGUUCUGGCUUAUCUUCCGCAGCCCAGAGAAGGAAGAAAAAAUUCUCGCAGAGAUCAGAGAGAAAUCGGAAGCAACAGUUUACGAGGAAGUGAGGGAUCUGGUGUACACGCACGCGUCGCUCUGCGAGACCAUGAGGCUGUACCCGCCGGUGCCGGCCAGCACGAAGGAAGCGAUCGCGGACGACGUGUUGCCGACCGGAGAGGUGGUGAAGAAGGGAACGCGGGUGACAUAUCAUCCAUACGCGAUGGGGAGGUUGGAGGAGCUGUGGGGGGUGGACUGGGCGGAGUACAAGCCGGAGAGGUGGUUGGAGAGGGACUCAAUAGGGGGAAAGUGGAGCUUUGUCGGGAGGGACUCGUACUCCUAUGCAGUGUUUCAGGCGGGGCCGAGGAUAUGUUUGGGGAAGGACAUGGCGUUCUUGCAGAUGAAGAGGGUGGUGGCGGGGGUUUUGCGGCGGUUUCGGGUGGUGCCGGCGGCUGGAGAAGGCUAUGAGCCGGUUUUUAUUUCUUACAUGACUUCUAAAAUGAAAAACGGCUUCCCGGUGAGGAUUGAGGAAAGGGCGGACGCUUGAGGCAGAUGAGGUCAAAUUAAUAAAAUCAAGUCAGCCCUCAAUAUAUAUAUAUAUAUAUAUAUAUCUGUGUGUGUGUGUGUGUGUGUGGAAUUAGUGUGUUCUACUAUUUAUAAUUAUAAAUUAGGUUCGUUGUGUUUCUUAA